UGUAAAAAGCUCUUAGCCUGGACAGCACAGUCCUGAUUUCACCUUUGAACAGAAGCUACAGCACUUCACGAGGGAGCUGAGACAGGAAAGGUAUACAGGCCCUGGAUCCUGCGGAAUCAUGCUCCAAAAACAUCAUUACAGCUUUGCUCUGGUUUUUGUGACCUCAUUAGUGCUGUCCUACUGCUUGAGAAUGGCCUCAGCUGCUCCACCACGUGAUCCCAGUUUGGAUGCUGAAUGGGAGGAAUGGAAGAUGAACUUUAAAAAAUCCUACAGCCCGGAUGAAGAAGGGCACAGAAGAGCAGUGUGGGAAAAGAAUAAGAAAUUUAUUGAGAAGCACAAUGCAGACUAUGAGCAGGGAAAGACAAGCUUCACUAUGGGCCUGAAUGGAUUUAGCGACAUGACACGGGAGGAAUUCUUGACCAUUUGCUGUGGAAGAUCAAAGUCUACAAAAGAUUUGCCUAAAUCUAAGAAUUUAGAAGAGAACAGCAAUGUGGCACCUGUGAUGGAUUAG